CUUCAGAUGCCGUAUACUCACAUCACACAAUCUUUAACUGCGCAGGUGUUAAUCAACUGAUUCACACAUCUACACUUUCAUUUAGAAAUGUGAAUCCCCUGUGCACCAAGCUGUCAGUCAGAUCAGACACCCAUACAGGUAAUGUGUCUUUAAGCGUAACUGAGCCCGCCGGCCAGUGGCUCGUUGAGGAGGAGCUCCUGCUUGCUUGCCUACUGUGUGUGCAAUGUGUGUCUGUUUAGUCUCAUGCGGAUAAUUCCUUGCUGGUGAAGUGAGAGAGCAGUUAGAUUUAGAAGCAGUAAAUAUCACUGAAAACCAAAAAUAUCUUAUAUAUAUAUUUUAAAUUGUUUUAAUUUUUUUUUUAAAGUAUGUAAAGACAUUAACGUGUCAACGUUUAUCUUGCGUUAACUGGACCCCGGUUUCUUGUAAAGAAAAUAUUGUAUUUUUUCAUAAAUAAUAGUAAUAAUAAUAAUAAUAAUAAUAAUAAUAAUAAUAAUAAUAAUAAUAGUACCAUCUUCCUGAUGUUGGAUACCACUUCCAAAGGAACUCACUAGGACUUCAUCCCAGUCUACAUCCAUCUCAUAACUGAACUCCAUCUGUGGAUUCUCUGACAAAGCUGUCAUCGCCGAUCUACAAGUUGAAUACCCGGUUUAUAAAGCUUCAUCAGAGCUGCCUGGAAGAGGUUGUAUUCUUGUGCAAUCAGUAAUGGAAUCCCAAGCAUUACACUGGCUCUUGUUAUCAUCAAUAUUUCUUUUGAGGAUGCUACCAAGCCUUGCUACAGAAACGUAUGCAGAGCCUACAAUAGGAACUGUAGUGACUCCUAUAGGGACACAAAAAAUUGAAGAAAGACAAAAGAUAAUAGAUGCUCAAUACAAAUGCUUUGAAAAAAUGUAUAGAGAUCCUUCAUACAACAAAACAGGUCCUUACUGUAAUCGAACCUGGGAUGGAUGGCUGUGUUGGGAUGACUCACCAGCCGGGACGUAUACCUCUCAGAACUGUCCUAACUACUUUCCAGACUUUGACUCCACUGAAAAGGCAACAAAAUUCUGUGAUGAAACAGGCAGCUGGUUUCGACAUCCUGAAAGUAAUAGAACAUGGUCUAACUAUACCCUCUGUAUUGCCUAUACAACGGACAAAUUGAAGAUGGCGUAUAUACUCUACUACAUGGCCAUUGUUGGUCAUGCUUUAUCCAUAGCUUCUCUAUUGAUUUCCCUGGGGAUAUUCUUCUAUUUCAAGAGCCUCAGCUGCCAAAGGAUAACUCUCCACAAGAAUUUGUUUUGUUCCUAUGUAUUAAACUCCAUUUUUACACUUGUACACCUCACUACGGUUGUAAGCAACCCAAAGGUAGUGGAAAGUAAUCCUAUUGGAUGUAAGGUUCUGCACUUUUUUCACCAGUAUAUGCUGGGAUGUAACUAUUUGUGGAUGCUUUGUGAGGGGAUAUACCUUCACACUCUUAUUGUGGUGGCAGUGUUUGCAGAAGAGCAACAUUUACACUGGUACUAUCUGUUAGGAUGGGGGUUCCCUUUGGUGCCAGCAUCGAUUCAUGCCAUUGCAAGAACAAAAUAUUUUGAUGAUAAUUGCUGGAUGAGUGUGGAAACCCAUCUCCUCUAUAUUGUUCAUGGACCCAUUGUUGCAGCAUUAUUAGUUAAUCUGUUCUUUUUGCUUAACAUAGUACGUGUCUUGGUCACAAAACUAAGAGACACUCAUCGAGCAGAGUCUAAUAUGUAUAUGAAAGCUGUUCGAGCCACCCUAAUCCUUGUCCCUUUGCUGGGAAUCCAGUUUGUUAUCAUUCCUUGGAGGCCAGAAAACAGACUUGCUGGGGAAAUAUAUGACUACAUUAUGCAUAUAUUAAUGCAUUACCAGGGCUUGCUUGUGGCAACCAUAUUCUGCUUUUUCAAUGGGGAGGUGCAGGCAGCUCUCAGAAGACAGUGGAUGCAGUAUAAAGCACAAUGGGGUCAACGUCGUCGAGAUCACUGCUCCAGUCGUUCUACCUCUUACACGGCGACCUCAAUAACAGAAGUCCCAGCUUACCUUUAUCACCAUGACUGUAGAAGUGAACAUUUGAAUGGAACACACUCCGAAGACUCUGAACUUGCUGUGUUGAGAUCAGCAGAGACAUACGCCUGACUGGCAUGGUCCUUCUGCAUUCUGUUCAUGUAGAACUCUCCACAGCCGAUGCCAUGCACAGAACAAUCUGACCAGACACCCAAGUAAAUGUAAAUACUUCAUUGGCAGUGACAAUCCAACCGGGGGACAGCUGAUGGAUAUGAUAUUUGAAGUACAGUGUUGCUUAUAAAAUAGGAUACACUGAGACCUACAGCAUUUACAAAGCUGACAGCUCCAGGCUUUCAAGGGCUGAGAAUUAUCCUGUAACAGGAUUGUAGUUGUACAAAUACCAAAGGGUGUGUAGGUUCAUAGACUGGGACACUCUCUAUUCAUGCUGAGCUAAACACAUAACAAGUUGUAAGAUGACAAAUUAUACUGUGGAAUUAUAGGCUGAUAUGAUAAUGUUCCUAGGUGCCUAAACUUCAGCUUGUGGGUCUUGUACAUAUUUUCAGUGUCUAUCUUAAUGUGCUUUUGGGUCAUUUAACUUUAUUUGAUCCUUUGACAUUUGUACUUGCUGUUAUUUUUUAAACACAAAUCUUGUACUUGCAGUUUUACAUGUUAUGGUUUUGGCCACGUGAGCCGUUGAAAUGUUGCUACAGUGAUAUAUCUGAAUGUGACUUAGAAGUGAAAACCUUACAACUGGAGCGGUCCUUCUAAACGUGACAAAAGAAUACAUUUUUAAUGUUGAAAGAUUUACCUUCUACAGCUAUGGCCAAAUUUGCAUCACCUAGAAUGUUAGGAUUGAGAU